AUGGGUGAAGAAUUGGUGAUAGCGUCUACGCCAGCAGACGGUGUGAGAGUCCUCGCUCUCAACCGUCCAACCAAGCGCAACGCCCUCUCCCAGCAGCUCAUUGUCGAUCUUCUUGCCCUGCUCCACGCUGCGUCAUCCGAUGACUCUGUCCGCGCCAUAGUAAUCACUGGCAGCAGGACCUUUUUUUGUGCUGGCGCCGAUAUCAAGGAGAUUUCCGAGUUAGACGGCCAGUCUGCCCGCAAGUGCCGCUACCUCGAAGAUCUCUGCCAAGGUCUCAGCAACGUAAGAAAGCCACUCAUUGCGGCUGUCGAGGGCAUGGCGCUCGGUGGUGGAUUCGAAGUUGCCUUGGCGUGCGAUCUGAUCUUCGCUUCCUCCAACAGCAAAUUCGGCCUCCCUGAAGUUUCCAUUGGUCUCAUUCCUGGUGCCGGUGGUACCCAGAGAUUGACCAAUGCUGUUGGCAAGUUCAAGGCCAUGCAGAUGAUCUUGCUGUCCAAGCCUAUCUCCGCUGCUGAGGCUAGCUCCGUCGGCCUCGUUGCCGACGUCUUCGAGCCGGGGACCGUCCUGGACAAUGCUGUUCAGAUGGCAUCGUCUCUGGCCGGCAUGAGCCCCAUGGCCCUAUCGCUUGCAAAGGAAUCCAUCUGCCGAUCUGAUAGCCUGGGACGUGAUGACGAAUUCGAGCGCAGCUUGUACUACUUUGCCUUUGGCACCGAGGACAAGAAGGAGGGAGUUGGUGCCUUCUUGGAGAAGAGGAGCCCCAACUGGUCCCGUUGA